CUCAUUUAAACAGAUUACAAACCUCGCGAGUAGGCUUUAUUUGCACAAGUAAAGCCCAUUUAUAAAAAGAGAGAAAAAGGCCCAAAAAGGCAAGUACUUGGUCUCUUCUUCCGACCAAACUCUGGUACUUGCUGCUGUGAUUCUCUGUUAAAAGAAUCUAAAACACACAAAAUAUCUGGAGAAAAUUUAGAAAGAGAGUAAGGUCAUGGGAAACAGAAAGCCAGUAGCUGAGCUGAUAGCAUCGCUGGAGCAAGCAACACUCAUGUCUCAUCAAAUUGGAACCGCCGUGGAACGAAACCAGCUCCUUCAAAUCUCCUCCUCUCUCCGCACAGCCCACCACCGCCUCUCCACCUUGCUCUUGUCCACCGUUCCAUCGCCGGCAUCUGAUAACUCUGUCUCCUCCGUCGAUCCGAUGCAAUUAGGGGAGGGCGAGGCUGAAGCGAUGGAAGAUGAGAGAGACUCGGCGGUGGAGAAGGUGGAGGAGAAGAUGAGAGAGUGUUUUAUAAGGAACAAGAGGGCCAAGAAGCGGCCACUGUCUCCGUCGUCUGCGGUGGUGGAGACUUCGGCGACAGAAGAGAGGAGUAGCCGUGAUUAUUAUUACGGGCAGUUCGAUUUGGACCCAAAUGCCUCCAAGUUGAGAGCUUUGGAUCUUAUCUACCAAUUCCAUGGAUGAUAGUAGAUUAAUCUCACUAGACGGUGAGUUUCUUCAAGAACAGCAUUGGGUCUGUGUUCUCAACAUUAUUUCUCUUCCCAUUGAAUGCAGAAAUUCACCUUGUUUUGUGAGAUUGGAUUCAGCUGUUUUUGUUGCUCAGAAGCAGACUGAAGAGAGUUCUAUCAACCAUAGAGAAGCAACUUUUGGUGUGUUUCAGUCUGAAUGUUACAACAAGACCAAAAGCGGGCAUAUAUAUAUAUAUAUGUAUAUGUAAAUGGUAGUGAUUCAUUGUCACUGUGAUGCAAAAGUUUAGACAGUUAAAAUAGAAUUAUACCUUUGGCUGAGGGAAGAAGUGUUCUCCCUAGGAACUCUUGAAAUGUAUUCCGGUUCUUGAAAAAGAGGAAGUUUCUCAUCGAAAAAGGACAUUAACAAUCA